CUUCAUUCUAUCAUUGCCGGACAAACAAUCGCCUAUGUGCCUUUUAUGCAACAAAGUUUUGGGCAAUGACGCUAUGAAACCAUCUAAACUGCAAGAUCAUCGGAGAAGAUGCCACCCUGAUAAAACAGAGAAAGAUUUGAAAUACUUUCAAACACUCAAAGAUAAAUUUCAGAAGAGACCUACACUGGACAGAAUUUCGCUUCGACGUCACAAAGAAAUGAUGAUGGUUUGCGGGCGUCUUACAAUAUCUCCAAAAUCCGGAAAACCGCAUACUAUCGGAGAGAAGUUAAUUUUGCCAGCCGUUGAAGAGGUUUUAAAAACUGUUCUACACAAACCUGCAUCUGAUAUCAUCAAUACUGUUGAAAGACGUAUUGAUGAAAUGAGUUCUGAUAUUGAAAGCUUCUUAUGUAAUUAUUUGCAAACGACACCCUAUACAACUGGACGAGUCAACUUUACCUGA